AUGAAAUCAAUGAAUCAGUUUCAUGCCAGGCAGCUUUUUUGUUGGCAUGCAUUCUUACAAUCUUCUCCAUUGUUGGGAUAUGAGGAUCUUGUUGAAAAAGUCAUUACUGUUAGCAGUGGGUUACCUUUGUCUUUAAAGUUAUUUGGAGCUCAGCUUUAUGAUUGCUUUAAUAAAGAUUUAUGGGAAGAGGUAUUGAAGAAAAUCUCUAGAAUAUUAUCUAAUGAUAUUAUAAAUAGGCUGAAAGUAAGCUAUGAUGCAUUAGACAAUGAGGAGAAACAGAUGUUCUUGGAUGUAGCUUGUUUCUUUAUUGGCAAAGACAAGACGACUGCCAUUGCAGUGUGGGAAGGAUCAAGCUGGAGUGCUCAGUGGGGUUGGAAGAGCCUUGUAAAUAAAUGUCUUGUUGAGGUUGACAAUGAAAAUAAGAUAAGGAUGCAUGACCACUUAAGAGAUUUAGGAAGAGAAAUUGCAAGGACUCUGUCACUCUAUCGUCUAUGGUCUCCGAAUCAGUUUACAGACAUUGACAGACAAGAGAAGGUAAGAGGAAUGAUAUUGAACGCAGCAAAUAAUGAUGUUCACAAGUUUCCUGGUUCCCUGUGGAAUACAAGCUUGUGGUUUUGUGGCUUCAAAAUAGCUAAACGACCUUUCUGUAAUGAAUUGAGAGUGUUUGUGCUAGGAGAAAACUAUGAGAACUAUUUAAACAUUAUCAAAUCAUCAAGAGAGUUGGCAUGGCUUAGCUGCACCAUAAUUGCUCAUAGAAAUCUUCCAUCAUGGAUGCCAUUGAAAAAUUUAAGAGUUUUAGAACUUUACGACUGCUACAAGAUUGUAGGCCUGUGGAAGGAUGGAGUGGAAGUUCAAGCUCCAGUGCAGUUAAGAGUGUUGAUUAUUUCUUCCUGCAAUAAAUUAGAAAGAAUUCCAAAGUCCAUAGGAUAUCUCAAGAAUUUGAAAAGGAUAUCGUUGUCUAGCUGCAAUGUGAAAAGACUGCCAGAGGAAUUUUGUCGUCUUCAAUCACUGGAGCACCUGCAGUUGCGAGAAUGUGAAUGGCUCACAGUACUGCCCACGUCUUUUGGCCAUUUGACAGGAUUGUGA